AUGCCUAGACAAAGAAGAUCAGCUCCAGCUCCAAGACAACAAACUAGAUCAGCUCACACUGCUGCUGCUACCGCGCCUCCAGCUUACGGUCAAAGUCAUUACCCAGCUGCUCACCCAGCUCAACCUCAAACACAAAGACAACCAGGUUUGUUUGGACAAAUGGCAUCCACUGCUGCUGGUGUUGCCGUUGGUUCCACUAUUGGUCACACUUUGGGUGCUGGUAUCACUGGAAUGUUUGGCGGAAGAUCUGAAGCCCCUGUUGAUCAGCCACAACAACAACAACAACAACAGCAAGACCUCGCUCCAUAUCAACAACAGAACUCAUACGCUACUCAAGAGCAAGUAAGACACUGUGAUGUGGAUGCUAGAAACUUUACUAGAUGUUUGGAAGAGAAUGAUGGGAACAUGCAAACAUGUGGCUACUACUUACAACAAUUGAAAGCAUGCCAAGAAGCUGCCAGACAAUAUUAA